GUCGCGCAUCAGGACCAACUCCCAAACAGCUUGCGGAGGGGCACGCUCGGUGGAUGAACGCCAACUCGUCACGGUGUUUAGGGUCCGCGUACUAUGCAGCGACCGUUGCGCUGAUGCGCUCCAUCCAAAAUGCCGAGGAAAGCCCAAACGUGGGAUGACUAUGACUCGGCUGUCGCUCAGAUUAUCCUGGCGCCUUCCGACUCCGAGUUCCUAGACCAACUGAUACCCGUUCUCAAAGAUGCUACGACAAGCAGCCGCAUUGGUUCGCUCGUGCAGAGCCUAUCCCAGUACGCCGACGAGCGCGAGAGCGACAUCGAGCGCAUUGGCCUGACCAAGCACGAGGAGUUCCUGAAUUCUGUCAACCAGCUACAGAAAGUGCGCGAGGGCACCGUGGCGCUGACCUCCGAGAUCCUGGACCUCAAUCAGUCGAUCCAAGCAAGCACCGAGAAACUCGCUGAGCAGAAGCAGGCCCUCGUCAACACGCGGGGGGUUCGCCAGAACAUCACCGAUGUGUCGAACGCCCUCGAGGAAUCCCUCAAGAUCUUGCACGCUGUCAACAGUGCGCAUGAACUCAUCCGCAAGAAGAAGUAUUAUGCUGCCCUCAAGUCCCUGGAGGACCUUCAGAACGAGUACCUAGUGCCCAUCAUCCAGAACAGAUUCGCGACCCAGUACAAGCUGGCCGACAUGAUCCAAAAGUCGAUCCCCGCCUCACAGAAAGUGAUUUCGGAGGCAGUCAUGUCGGAUCUGAACACGUGGUUGUUCUUCGUCCGGGAGUCGUCACAGUUCUUGGGCGAGGUGGCCUUCUUCCACACACAGGAGCGGAGGGCCAGGCAAAAAGGGCGAAUAGAGGGCAACGAAUUGUUGAGCCGCUUCAAGCUGAACUCAGCCAUCGAGCUGGUCUUCGAUGAAAACGAUGAGUUCGAUGUCCUUAAUAACGAGGAGAUCACGGUUGACUUUACCCCGUUGCACGAAGCGGUGCACAUACACGAAGCGCUCGGACAGAUUGACCGGUUCCGUGCCGAAUAUGCGGCUACUAGGCGGCAGCAGAAGGAGUUGAUCAUGCCCGCCUCUGAGAACCUCUUCUCCGAGAAUGAUGAUGACGACGACGCUCUCAAAACUUUGCUGGAAUCCGUUGCCGGGUUCGCGAUCAUUGAGAAGGCCACCUUGCAGCGCGCGCCUUUGGCUCGCUCAACACUCGAUGUUGACGAACUCUGGGACUCGAUGUGCCAGGCCAUCAUCCGAAUCACGUCCAAGUCAUUAGAGGGCGUAAGCAAUGCGGAUUUGCUGCUAAAGGUCAAGGAAGACAUUGCCUUGUUUAUUCAGACGAUGGAGGGCUGGGGCUAUUCCGCCUCCGUGGUGAAUAACUUUCAACUUGUCCUGUUCCACAGAUAUGCCGACUUGCUGCAGCGACGAUUCGGCUCAGUCUUUCAAGAGAUCGUCUCAACGGACGAUUACAUGCCCAUGAACAUCAGGACUCGCGAGGAGUACGACAAUUUCUACGUGGCAACCCUCUUUGGCGAUGAGAUGCCUCCUGAAGAGGUCACGUUUCCUACUGUCCUUCCCUUCUCCAAGAUGUACCCUUACUGCUGUAUAGCCAUCGGGGAGUUUGAGCAGCAGUUCCGGGAUUUUACUCGGGAAAACUUUGAUCACACGAACAUCGUGGACGAGACUCUUAGAGAGGCACUGGACGAACUUCUCACCGACAUCGUGUGCCAAAGCCUGGUGGAGCAACUGAACUCUCAGUAUCUGGGCCAGAUUGUGCAGAUUCUGACCAACCUCGAGUAUUUCGAGGUUGCCUGCCAAAAGCUCGAAAAGCUUCUAAUCCAUGGCCGGUCAUCUACAUCGGCUGGGGGCCCAGUGACUCUGAAGGCAACGGAGCUGUUUAGGAACCACAGAAAAACCGCAGAAAAACGCAUCUUCGAGCUCGUCAACUCUAAGAUUGACGAUCUCGUGGACACCUCCGACUACGAUUGGACUGCAACAACAAAACCUACCCAGCCUAGCAGCUACAUGAUGACUUUGACUCGGUUUCUCGAGAACAACAUGUCGUCCACCCUUCUGGGACUGCCCCGCGAGAUCAAGGAGCUCAUUUACUUUGACGCUCUCAGCCACGCAGCCAACAAGAUCCUGGCCCUCCCUCUCUCCCCAGACGUCAAGAAGAUCAACCCCAACGGCGUAGCGGCCAUGGCGCUCGAUGUGCAGUACCUGACCGACUUCGUCAGCAAGCUGGAUAACGCCUUCAUGCUGGAGCAGAACCUGGACGAGCUGCAGCAGACGGUGGCGCUGAUGCAGUCCGAGAACCACGAGGAGUUCUACGACAUUUCGAUUCGCAACAAGAAGUAUGGCCGGGUAGACGCCGCGAACGCGCCUAUCCUGCUGGAGAAGUAAGCCCAUGCAUCGUUAUCACUUUUGGUCAUGUCAACGGGAUGUCGAGGAGGCAACAGCGUCUGACUGCAUGCGAUUGUU